UUCAAAGUACAUACUUGGAUUAUGAGGUGCUGAGACAAAGGAUAAAUUUCUUAUCAUAUCAUCAAUCGGUUGAACUCACGUGGUAUAUUUCGUUUUUAUAUUAUCUUUAUAAAGAAUAAAAUAUAACAUAAACUGAUGAUUCACGUGCAAAGCACGUGAUCUUUAACGCACAUGGAUCUUCCUCCAGCUCCGUCGCCUCCCUCGCACGCCACUCCAUCUGCCGCCCGGACGCGGGUUGUAUCUUUCACGCGAAAGAAGGAUUUAUAUUCCUUCGAGCGAAUCCACCGUUGGAUCAUCCACAGGUCACUUUGAGAGAUGUGCAGCGGACGAGUGACGGAUUUGCGAAGUGCUUUGAGAGCUGUUCGGUGGAUGAUCCAACGGUCGAUUUACGCGAAGGAAGGGGAAUCCUUCUUUCGUGCGGAAGAUAUAACCCGUGUCCCUCCCACCCCCUGCUCUCCGGCACCGUCGUCCAGUUCCAGCCCCCUCACGAAAGCCAAAAACUAAAGGAAGCAAAAACACCUUUCUCCGGCGAUUCCUCCCCCCACCGGCACCGUCGUCCGGUUCCAUCCCCCUCACGAAACCUAAAAACUAAAGGAAGCAAAACCCCCCUUCUCCGGCGAUUCCUCCCCCCACCCCCUACUCCUCCUUCCCAAUAAAAAAACGGUUCUCUCCCUUCAAAACCCCUUCAAAUCCCUCAUCAUUCAGCCAUGAAAUCAUCCUAUCUUCUCCUCUUGGCCUUCUCCACCAUCGCCACUGCCUACCAAACCCUCGAUCCUCUUGUCCUCCCCAGGCCGCUGAUCCUCGAAUACCCCCCGGGCGACGACCAAAUCUUUCACUCCGAUGUCGGCAAAGAGGAAGUCCAGCUGCGGUGCGCCAGCUGGCGGUUCGCCGGCGAGGCCAACAACCUCGCCCCGUGGAAGACGGUUCCCGCGGACUGCGGCGCCUAUGUGAAGGACUACAUGACCGGCAAGGCCUACCGCUUCGACCUGGAGAUGGUCGCCGACGAGGCGGCCGCCUAUGCUCGGUCCGUCUCGUUGGCCGGUGACUGCAUGGACGCUUGGGUGUUCGAUGUCGAUGAGACCCUCCUCUCCAAUCUGCCUUACUACGCCGACCAUGGAUACGGUCUGGAGGUAUUUAGUAGUCAUGAGUUUGACAAAUGGGUGGACAAAGCAAUGGCUCCUGCUAUUCAAUCCAGCUUGAAGCUAUAUGAAGAGAUUCUAAGGUUGGGUUUUAAGAUUUUCUUGUUGACAGGUCGAACUGAAGGACAAAAGAUUGUUACUAUGGAGAAUUUGAAGAAAGUCGGAUUUCGGGAUUGGAAGCAGCUUAUAUUAAGGGGUGUGAAUGACCAUGGAAGAACUGCAACAAUGUACAAAUCAGAGAAAAGGUCUGAAAUAGUAGCCAAUGGAUACCGGAUACUUGGAAAUUCCGGCGAUCAAUGGAGCGACUUGUUGGGUUCCUCUAUGGGCAACCGCUCAUUUAAGCUCCCAAACCCUAUGUACUAUAUUCCCUGACGGCGCAGCGGCCGAGGUGUUCUGGUUCAUAUUGGGAGAUUGUUUUCUGACAGGAUCAUUGUCAGAAAAUUGUAAUUACCCAAAUGCUUCCAAGCGUAAGAUACCUUCGUUUAUACACUUCAUUUAGUUAAAUGUCAAUAUCUCUCCUGCUGUACUAGUACAAAUAAAAUACCACAUGGCAGAUCAGAGACUGGAACCUCAUAUGCAUAUGCCUCACAUAUGAAUGAGUGGUGUGAGAAAUGAGUCACUCUGAUUAUUCAUGCAGCUUUGAUUUUCUG